GUGACAACCAAUAGCUGUUCAGAUACAGUCAACGCCGUGAGUUUGAAUUUGAAAACGUUUCAGCCAGUGUUUCAAUGUGUGUCCUUCCUUCACCUCACCCUGAAAUCACGAGUCCGCCAUGAAGUUUAAUAUGAACAAGGCGGGACCGCUCUUGGCAUGGAUGAAUACCAUGUUUCCAGAGAAGCACGUCUGGGAGUUCGUUCCCAUGAGAGAUGGGAUUCGACUCCUGAAGAUCUGCUUCAAACUAAGGGGCAUGGAGAGCAUUGAGGAUUUUAAGACUUUAUCCCUUUACAAGAUAGUGGAAAUCAUUUUCAGUGUUUUGCAUGAUGAUUUUCAUCUCACCAAAAGACAAAGUUCCCUCAUUUUACAGACGAUCAGUGGAGGGAUUGACCUGGAGCUUCAGCUUGCUAAGGUGGCUCUUUUGCUUUGUUACUGCACUUUUAAAAAGAGCAUUCUGCUCCCCAUGGAUUCAAAUGUAGAGUCGGAAGUUACACCCAUGUUUCGUUUUGUAAAAGAUGAUGCUGAUGGUCUGUCUUUAGACGAAGGCCUUGAUCAGUUUCUAGCCCAAGACUCUUUUAUGAACGUUGUGAACUCUAGCAGCGGCAGCGGCAGCUCGCUGUUAUACACAGAUGACGAGUCUCCGAUCGUCGGCCGGUCCCAACGGCCUCCUAGAGUUCAGUUUCAAGAGCUUUGUACAGUGGCUUCCAGCUCGGACAGAUCUCCAGUACAGGAUGUAAUGAGCACGCCGCAUUUCCAGCUGAAGAAACUCCGGAAAGAAUUGGCACAUGAGGGAGACGUGAGAGACGAGCUGGAGAAAGAACUGGCCAAUCAGAUCAGCAUCAUCUCAGAGAAGGAGGGUGUGAUUUCGCAGUUACAGCACAGGGUGGAGCGAAUGCUGCGGGAACAAGGAGAGCUGGAGAACGACCAUAAAGCCGCACUGCUGGAGCUCCAGGAGAAGAACGAGAGUCUUCUCCACAGAGUGCAUGAGGUUCUAAAGCAAUGCCAAGACUUAAAAACAGACAACUCCCAAAAAGAGAGAAAGAUUGAUGAACUGACAGAGGAGAAUGGAACACUUACUGCACAGGUGCGAAAUGCCUUCGCUCAGCUGGCAAGAGCUGAGGAGGAAGUUGCCAAACUCACGCAGGCUCACGAAUCGGCACAGACUGCGUGGAAGAACAGAAAACAGUUUCUGGAGAAGGAGCUAAAUGAGGCCGUCACACACAAGGAGAGUCUGAGUGAGCAAGUUCAGAUACUUCAGGGAAAGAUCUCCGUUCUGGAGGAUGAACUACAGAAAGCUCAAUCUCAAGAGAAAGGAGAGGUUUUGGGUCCCAUCAUGGAGUGGGAGAAGCUUAAACUUGAGUUGUCAGAUCUGACUCUUAAACUCGCUCAGCUUCAGGAAACUAUUUUCCGUCUUGAGAAGGAAAAGGCAGAAGUUGAGGCUUUGUUGGCUGAGGAGAGAGGCUGUUUUGAAAAGGAAACCAAAAGACUCCAAAUGGUUGUGUUCGAUCUUGAGCAGUCCAUCAAUAGCAUCCGUUUGGAGAGAGAAACACUGCAGGAGGCUUUACAGACACAGAAGGAAAUGCUCACCACACAAAUAUCAGCUCUGGAAAGUGACGUUUCUCGCCUGCAACAGGUGGAAGUGCAGUUGACGGCAGAGAUCAAAAUCUCUGCAGACCUUCGCCAACAGAGAGAGGAGCUGGAGGGGAAGGUAGCCUCUUUAGAUAAGAUGGUUCACGCUUUGCAUGCUGAGAUCCAGGGUUUGGAAGUGGAAAGGGCAUCACAGCAGGAUGCUCUGAAUGCCCUUAUUGUGGACUUACAAAGUGCCAGAGCCACAGUUCAGGAUUAUGAGAAGAAGCUGGAAGAGCAUCAGAAAGUAGUGCAAGAAAAUGAAUCCCUGAAAAAAGAGGCAUGCACAUUGCAGCAAAAUCUUGAUGAGCAUCUGCAGUCCAUUGGACACCUUCAGGAGCAAAUAAGUAUUCUCAGACAGGAGAAAACAGAGGAGGAGAACAAGGUUAGUCAGGCUUUGACCAAAAUCAAGAGCCUCCAAACACAAAUUCUGCAUCUGUCCCAACAGAUUUCCCUAAAAGAUGAAGAAAUCAGAAAUUUGAGGGACGAGUAUGACAAUGUAGGCCAUGAGCUGAAGCUUGUAAAGGAACAAAAUAUUGAAAUUAAUGAAAUGAUUAAAUCAAAUCGCAAAGAGCAUGAGGACACUGUUAAGAAACUUCAGCAAGAGCUUGACUCUGCUUCUUCAAUUGCUUCAGAAAAACAAGAAGAAAUGCUGGUUCUGUCAGCGGAGGUAACAUCUCUGAAAGACCAGAUCUGCCGUUACAGUGAAAAUGAAGUGCAGAAACAGCAAGAAUUGUCUGUUUUAGAGGCACAACACAAUGUGUUGAAGGAAAACAUGACUUCUAUUCAGAACCAGUUGGCUGAGAUGACAGCUACAGCUUCACAGAAGGAAUCUAAGCUCCACUUGCUUCAACAGGAGUUUUGUCAUCAAGAAACCCUGAGAGAAAAAGCUCAGGAGCUUGAGAAAGCCAGACGUGAGGAGCUUGAGAGGACUGUGAGUGAGCUUCAGGCUACAAUCCUGGAGGUAACCUCUCUUGUCUCAGAGAGAGAAGCUUGUCUGAGUUCUCUUCAAGAUGAGAUGAAGGAUCAACAAUUGAGGGCCAAGCAGUGCGAAGAUGAUCUACGCAAUGAGCUGAAGGAGAAGAUUGGAAAUCUACAGGAACUACUAAAUACUGCCAAUCAUGAUGCUGCAGAUAAAGACCAUCUUCUGCAGUCUUUAAAUCAGAAGCUUAAUCAGGUGGAAUUGCUGUGCCAACAAAAAGAGAAAGAUGUCACUGAGAUGCACCAAGCAAAGGAAGACCUGGAAAGAAGGAUUAUUGAGCAGAAACAACAACUGGAUGAGUGCCAGCAGAAUUUAGAAAUGCUGAGAAAAGAAAGAGACCAUCUGUCCACUCAGGUAUCAUCUCUCCAAGAAGAAAUCUGCCAUUCCCAACAAGAAAUGUCUGUGUUACAGGCUGAUUACAGUGUUUUGAAGGAAAACUUGUCUGCUCUUCAGAACCAAUUGGUGGAGGUGACGAAUACAGCUUCCCAAAAGGAAUCUGAACUCCUCUUGCUUCAACAGGAGCUUUCCCAUCAAGCGACCCUAAGAGAAAAAGAUCUGGAGCUUGAGGCAGUCAAGCGUGAAGAGUUUGAGAAAAAGGUGAGUGAGCUUCAGGCCAAAAUUGUAGAGCUCUCCACUCUUGCCUCUCAGAGAGAGGCUCAAGUAAUUUCCCUUCAAAAUGAGAUGAAGGAUCAACAGUCUCGUGCCAAACAGUCUGAAGAUGAUCUUCGCAGAGAAUUGGAGCAGAAGGUUGGCACACUACAAGGAGAACUGGAUACAGUCAAUCGUUGUUCUGUGGAUAAAGACAAACUGCUGGGCUCUUUGGAUCAAAAGCUCAAAGAGAUGGAAGGGCUUUUCCUUCAAAAAGAGAAAGAUGUCUUUGAAACGCAUCAGGCAAAGGAGGAACUGGAAAAGAGGAUUGUUGAGCUACAUGUUGAGACGCAACAGCUUUCUGAGUGCCAGCAGAAUUUGGAAAUAUUGAGGAAGGAAAGAGACCACUUGUCAACUGAAGUAACUUCUCUUAAAGAGGAAAUUCAUGGCUACCAGGACACUGAAGUGCAGAAGCAACAGGUGAUAUCCGUUUUAGAGGUUGAACACAACAUGUUAAAGGAGAACAUGGCUGUCCUUGAGAAGAAGUUGGUGGAGGAAACAACUGCAGCUUCACAGAAACAUUCUGAACUUGUCUUGCUUCAAGACAAGCUUCACCAGCAAGAGAGCCUUAGAGAAAAGGCUCAGGAGGUUGAGACUGCCAAGCGUGAGGAACUUGAGAGAAUGGUUAAUGAACUUCAAGCUAAAAUCCUAGAGGUCUCCACACUAGCCUCUGAGAGGGAGGCUUGUGUUAAUUCUCUUCAAGAUCAGUUGACAGAUCAGUUGAAGGCUAAACAGACUGAAGAUGAUCUCCGCAAAGUGCUGGAAGAGAUGGUUGAAACCCUUCAGGGACAACUGGAAACUGCCAGUCGAGACGUCUCAGACAAAGACCAACUUCUGCAGACUUUAGAUCAGAAGCUGAAGCAGAUGGAUUUGCUGUGCCAGCAAAAGGAGAAAGAUGUCCAUCAGGUAAAGGAGGACUUGGAGAAGAAGAUUGGUGAGCUAUUUGUUGAGAAACAACAGCUGGUAGAGUGGCAGCAGAAUUUGGAAACAGUGAAAAAGGAAAGAGACAGCCUGUCUACUGAAGUAACCUCACUCAAAGAUGAAAUCCUACAUUACCAGGAAAAUGAAGUGCAGAAGCAACAGGAGAUUUCUGUUUUAGAGGUUGAACGCAACACAUUAACGGAGAACCUGGCUACUUUCAAGACACAAGUGGCAGAGUUGACAACAACAGCUUCUCAGAAGGAAUCUGAGCUUCUGUUGCUUCAAAAGGAGGUUUGCGAACAAGAGAACCUUAAAGAAAAGGCUCAGGAGCUUGAGAAAGAUGUAAGAGAACUUCAAGCUAAAAUACUAGAGGCCUCCACUCUUGCCUCUGAGAGGGAAGCUCAAAUAAGUUCUCUUAAAGAUGAAAUAAAUGAUCAGCAGUUAAGGGCCAAACAGUCUGAAGAUGAUCUCCGCAGAGUGCUUGAAGAAAAGAUUACAACCCUACAGAGACAACUAGAAACUACCAGUUGUGACGUCUCGGACAAAGACCAUCUUUUGCAGUCCUUGGAUCAGAAGCUGAAACAGGUGGAACUGCUGUGCCAACAAAAGGAGAAAGAUGUCCUUGAGAUCCAACACUCAAAGGACGAUCUGGAGAAGAAGAUUAGUGAGCUUCUUGUUGAGAAACAGCAGCUGGUGGAGUACCAGCAGCAUUUGGAAAUGGUGAGAAAGGAAAGAGACAGCCUGUCUACUGAAGUAACCUCACUCAAAGAUGAAAUCCUACAUUACCAGGAAAAUGAAGUGCAGAAGCAACAGGAGAUUUCUGUUUUAGAGGUUGAACGCAACACAUUAACGGAGAACCUGGCUACUUUCAAGACACAAGUGGCAGAGUUGACAACAACAGCUUCUCAGAAGGAAUCUGAGCUUCUGUUGCUUCAAAAGGAGGUUUGCGAACAAGAGAACCUUAAAGAAAAGGCUCAGGAGCUUGAGAAAGAUGUAAGAGAACUUCAAGCUAAAAUACUAGAGGCCUCCACUCUUGCCUCUGAGAGGGAAGCUCAAAUAAGUUCUCUUAAAGAUGAAAUAAAUGAUCAGCAGUUAAGGGCCAAACAGUCUGAAGAUGAUCUCCGCAGAGUGCUUGAAGAAAAGAUUACAACCCUACAGAGACAACUAGAAACUACCAGUUGUGACGUCUCGGACAAAGACCAUCUUUUGCAGUCCUUGGAUCAGAAGCUGAAACAGGUGGAACUGCUGUGCCAACAAAAGGAGAAAGAUGUCCUUGAGAUCCAACACUCAAAGGACGAUCUGGAGAAGAAGAUUAGUGAGCUUCUUGUUGAGAAACAGCAGCUGGUGGAGUACCAGCAGCAUUUGGAAAUGGUGAGAAAGGAAAGAGACAGCCUGUCAACUGAAGUAACCUCUCUCAAAGAUGAAAUCCGACAUUACCAGGAAAAUGAAGUGCAGAAGCAACAGGAGAUUUCUGUUUUAGAGGUUGAACGCAACACAUUAACGGAGAACCUGGCUACUUUCAAGACACAAGUGGCAGAGUUGACAACAACAGCUUCUCAGAAGGAAUCUGAGCUUCUGUUGCUUCAAAAGGAGGUUUGCGAACAAGAGAACCUUAAAGAAAAGGCUCAGGAGCUUGAGAAAGAUGUAAGAGAACUUCAAGCUAAAAUACUAGAGGCCUCCACUCUUGCCUCUGAGAGGGAAGCUCAAAUAAGUUCUCUUAAAGAUGAAAUAAAUGAUCAGCAGUUAAGGGCCAAACAGUCUGAAGAUGAUCUCCGCAGAGUGCUUGAAGAAAAGAUUACAAACCUACAGAGACGACUAGAAACUACCAGUUGUGACGUCUCAGACAAAGACCAUCUUUUGCAGUCCUUGGAUCAGAAGCUGAAACAGGUGGAACUGCUGUGCCAACAAAAGCAGAAAGAUGUCCUUGAGAUCCAACACUCAAAGGAAGAUCUGGAGAAGAAGAUUAGUGAGCUUCUUGUUGAGAAACAACAGCUGGUGGAGUACCAGCAGAAUUUGGAAAUGGUGAGAAAGGAAAGAGACAGCCUGUCAACUGAAGUAACCUCUCUCAAAGAUGAAAUCCGACAUUACCAGGAAAAUGAAGUGCAGAAGCAACAGGAGAUUUCUGUUUUAGAGGUUGAACACAACACAUUGAAGGACAACCUGGUUGCUCUUAAGAUGCAAGUGGCAGAGUUAACAACUACAUCUUCUCAGAAGGAAUCUGAAGUUCAGUUGCUUAAAAAGGAGGUUUGUGAGCAAGAGAACCUUAAAGAGAAAUCUCGGGGGCUUGAGAAGGAUGUAAGUGCACUUCAGGCUAAAAUACUAGAGGUUUCCACACUUGCCUCAGAAAGGGAAGCUCAAAUAAGUUGUCUUAAAAAUGAAAUAAAUGAUCAGCAGUUAAGGGCCAAACAGUCUGAAGAUGAUCUCCGCAAAGUGCUGGAAGAGAAGGUUGUAAUCCUACAGAGACAACUAGAAACUACCAGUCAUGAUGUCUCAGACAAAGACCAACUUCUGCAGACUUUGGAUCAGAAGCUAAGGAAGACGGAACUUCUGUGCCAACAAAAGGAGAAAGAUAUAAUUGAGAUCCAACACUCAAAGGAAGAUCUGGAGAAGAGGAUUGUUGAGCUUAAUGCCGACAAACGUCAACUUGAUGGGUUCCAGCAGAAUAUGGAGAUGCUGAGGCUAGAAAAGGACCACCUGAGUUCUCUCAGCCAGUCUCUCCAGAGGGAGUCUGACGCCUCCCAAAAGAUUCGAGCUGAGCUGGAGUUGAAGGUAGAGGAGCAAAAUGGUUCCAUCCUUGCUCUUAAAAAGGCUUCCCAAAAGUGGGAGGAACAGAAUCAGGAGCUCCUGGAGCAGCUGAAGACAAAGUCGGAAGCAGUAGAGCACUACAAAGCACAGGUGGAGAAGGCCAAGAAUCACUACAACGGUAAAAAGCAGCUGCUGGUGGAGGCUCAGGAGCGGAACAAAACUCUUGAGCAUUCGUUGGAGGCCAGCAAGAGGGAAGUCAAAGCUCUGGAGACGGAACUGACACUGGCUCACAUGGAACUAGACCAGGCGAGCACCAAAGAGAAGAACCUUACGGCCAAAGUGAAAAGCUUGGAAGCACAAGUGGACUUUGCUGACAGGCAACUGCGAGAGCAGAAGAAGAUGACCAAUGACAAAGAGAACAUGAGACACAGAGAAAGUCUGUACACUAGAGUCCAGGAGAAACAGCAGGACACCAGUACAGACAGCUUGGAGUUUGAGCUGAAUGAUUCGCUCAACGCUAACAGUCAUUCGGUAAUACCAGGUGAAUCCAGCACUCCACUGGUACGUAGUUCUGAGCGUUUGGCUGCUAAACGUCGUGCCUUGGGGGCUGAAUCCCUGGAGACUCUCUACUUCACGCCUAUGAGUCAACAAGGCAAGAAGCGUAAAGGCGACCACAACGAUGUCUUUGAGCACAAACUAGAGUCCAGCAUCACUUCCAUUGGCGAUCUUGUGGUUGACUCUGCAAAGAAGCUCACCGCUUCAGCUCGCAGGCGUCGUACUAUGCAGGUUAUCGACAUCACCAUGGCUAAGAAGACAUCAGGAAGUGCUGAAGGUAAUGAGUCAUUUUCUAGUUUGCACACUGCCCGUUCUCAGCCCAACUUGGCAGUUCAACAUUCACGGCCAUUCUCCAUGGACCUCUCAGAGGAAAGUGCUACAGCAACUUUAUCAAAAGCAGACACCCUUCAGAGUCUGCCUGGAUAUCGCAGAAGCACCGUGCACAACGUUGGCCCACCAAGAGCCACCAGUACGUUCUGUAUCGGAGCGGAGAAUGAACCAGAACAUGCUGCCGACGACUGGAUGCGCAUCGCCGAACUGCAGGCACGAAACAAAGUCUGUCUGCCUCACUUGAAGAGCAGCUAUCCGCUGGAGUCCAGGCCCAGUCUGGGACCCUCAUUCACUGUAACGGAUGAGGACAUGCGAAUGGGUGACCCGGAUGAGACGAUCCGACGUGCAUCCAUGAUGCCAGGUCAGAUCCAGGAGUCCCUGAGCUCUCGCCGCUUCUCCCUUGUGCCAAGUUCGAGCCAGAGCUCUGCCAACUCCCAGCCCCAGCGCGCCACCAUGUUGCCGGGUCAGAUCCGGUCCAGCACUGCUGCUCACAGGACCUCUCAGCUCAAAAAAACAAGCUCAAACCUACAUGCUUCAGAAAAUAAACGCAGCCCGCUGGCUCCCAAACGCCCCGGCUCUCAGCUGCAAGGCCCAGACACACCUGAGAUGAAGAAGCUGGGAAGUUGCUUCCCGCGACCAAUGACACCUAAAGGCAGGUUCGGCAACAGUCAAAACAGACCUCCAAACUCGCCGGCCGAGCGAAGGCAAUCUGUGGUGUUCACUGUUGUAAAUACUCCAAAGAACAGCGGUCGUGGUGACAGCAGGCUGCAGCGUGGCCUCAACAAGCUGCGUAACAGCGCCCGCAAAUCUCCCGCCGUGGCCAGUCGUGCCCUGCGUUCGGCGGUGGCCGGCAAGUCUCCUCUGGACUCGACUCUGAGAAAGUCCCCCCGAAACAAAUCCCCCAAAUCCUCCAAUGCCAAAAAGGAAACACAGUGACUCGCUCCGCUGAUCUAUGCCUAAGUAUUUAACUAUGAAGAUCAGGAUUAAGGUGUAAAUUUUAGGAUUUUUAACUCCAAAACCAUCUGUGUCCUUUUCUUUUCUUUUUAUUUGUUUUUCUUUUCUCUUUUCAAAUAAGUUAUUUUUUAUUAUGGGAUGCAGUGGUCUUAAUUACUGUCCUGUUUAUGUAACUGGUUGUAUAAUAUUUAAGUGUAUUCCUUGUUCUAUAAUAAAGUCUUUUAUAUCAAAUCUUUCAGGUUUUUCAGCUGUUGCUAAAUAGAAGCAGUUUAUGUAUGAAUGUCGAUAAGUUUCUUUUGAAAGUUAAUAUACAUUAAGAGUGUUUGCAAAGUUUGGAAACAAUGAUUUUUGCAGUUCUGUUUAGUGCUUUAGAAAUGUAUUGUUUUUAUAAAAUUAAAGAUACAAAAAGCUAUUCGAGUUUAAUAAAGAAUAAAUUAGCUAUAUAAUGAGAUGUAUAAUGUUUUACCUUUUUAAAACGUGUAAUUUAAAUUUACAGCUGCAAGAUAUAUUUUGGAUGUUGAAGAACUUGGCUUGUAAAUUAAAAUGUGAACAAUUAAAGACAUCGAUAUUUGAGAAAAAUCUUAAGAAUUUUCAGUUUUUGCCAGGAAAAUUGAGAUAAUGCAUGUACUAGUCAGAUAAAAUUUAUGUUAAUAAAAUUGAUGUGAAAUGUUCAAUAUCAAUUAACAAGCUGAUCAGAUUAUGAGAGACUGUAAAAGUGUUCCGUAUUAGAAAUGUAACAAAACCAAAAGAUAUUAAAUUGCCGAUUGCAUGAAAUCUUCAGACAACCAGGUGAUCAA